CAUUCUCUUACAGAAAAUAGUCGCAGUUUCCACGCACCAAGCAACGCAGCCCUCUUAACCUCUUCAAAUAUGUCGACAUUUCUCUUCUCAGACGCCUCCUCUGUGUCUAUCUUUCUCAUCCAUUCUAUUACAGAAACAUCAAUAUAAGGGCCAGAUGGAUGUGCUGUGGGCAGAAUAAAAGCAUCAUCCUCAUCCUCAUCCUCAUCCUCAUCUGUCAUCGUAUGACGCUUGUCAUGGUUUCGGUGUGAACGUCGAUGUAGAUUGAACUCAUCAGACGAUCCAUCACUAUAUAGAGAUUCGUGUUUUUCGAAUUCCCAAAAAAUUCGCACCCAUGUCAUUCAUUGAGGAUCUAUUACCUUUGAUUUUCUUUGAUCAAAUCCGAGAAAAGACCCGAACUUUCUCAGACUCUAUGUUGCAGAACCUUUCUCAAUCCAUGUCCAUCACCACUUGCAUUGGCGACAAUUCUGAGCUAGAAGCAUGCCAGGACAAGUCGGGGGCAUUCAUAUUCAAAAUGGUAGCUAUUGGCACCAUCCUCACCGCCGGAGUGUGUGGUAUUGCCAUACCAUUAGUUGGCAAGAAACACAGUUUCCUUCGAACUGACUCAAAUGUUUUUGUUGCCGCCAAAGCCUUUGCAGCCGGCGUUAUACUUGCCACUGGCUUUGUUCACAUGUUACCGGAUGCCACUAAGGCUCUGACGAACUCCUGUCUGCCCAAAAUCCCUUGGUCAAAGUUCCCGUUCUCUGGUUUCAUCGCCAUGAUGGCUGCAUUGGCUACAUUGAUGGUUGACUUUGUGGGGACUCAGUAUUAUGAGAGAAAGCAAGAGAAACAAAGUCAAAUUCCCCGAGUUGACUCGGUGGAAUCGGUGGUUGAGUCAGGUAUUGUUCCUGUGGUGGAGGCAACACAAAGGAUUGGGGCUGUGUUUGGGGAAGAGGAAGGUGGUGCAAUGCACAUUGUGGGUAUGCAUGCGCAUGUGGCGCAUCAUAGACAUAGCCAUCCUCAAGGACAGGAUGCUUGUGAGGGGCAUGUGAAGGAGGAUGCCAAUGGGCAUGGACAUGGGCACUCGCACGGGUUUGGUGAUGUGGACAAGGAUGGUGGUGUGAGGCAUGUGGUUGUUUCGCAGGUUUUGGAAGUUGGAAUCGUAUCACACUCGGUGAUCAUUGGACUUUCACUUGGAGUUUCAAACAGCCCAUGUACCAUUAAACCCUUGAUUGCAGCACUAUCAUUCCAUCAGUUCUUUGAAGGGUUUGCACUGGGAGGCUGCAUCUCCCAGGCACAAUUAAGGUCCCUACAUACAAUCAUAAUGGCAUGCUUUUUCUCUGUAACAACCCCGGUUGGGAUUGCCAUUGGAAGUGGCAUUUCUUCGUUUUACAAUCCGAUGAGCCCAAGAGCAUUAGUUAUCGAAGGUAUCUUUGACUCUCUCUCUGCUGGUAUUCUAGUAUACAUGGCUUUAGUGGACCUUAUUGCUGCUGAUUUCUUGAGUAAGAGAAUGAGCUGCAAUGUGAGGCUCCAGAUAGCCUCUUAUAUCAUGUUGUUUCUUGGGGCUGGAUUGAUGUCUUCUCUGGCAAUCUGGGCUUGAACAUACAUGUUUCCUCCUUUUUAGAUGUGAAAGUUCAAGAAAUCAUCACUUAUUUCUUUUUCAUAUUUCUGUGUUGUAAUUUUUGUAAGGAGGGUUGGGGAAAGGUGGAGUAGAGGAAUGCAAUGUUGUAAUUUAGAUUUCAGAAGUUUCAUUUUAUUUCAUUGAAUACCAUUCUUUUUCCCCUUCAAGUGGAA